AUGUCAUUUGAAGAAAGAUCAACACAACCAAAGAAAUAUGUCGGGUUUGAUACCAUCACAACUCAAAUAGAGAAUAGAUUACUAAAAAGAGGAUUUCAAUUUAAUAUAAUGGUAGUUGGAAGAUCAGGCUUAGGAAAAUCAACAUUAAUUAAUACAUUAUUUUCAUCGAAAUUAACUCAAAGUAAUGGUAGAAAAUCACCAUAUGAACCAAUUGAAAAAACUACAGAAAUCAAAGUUACACAACAUACAUUAUUAGAAAAUAAUGUAAGAUUAAAUAUUAAUGUUAUUGAUACACCAGGAUUUGGAGAUCAAAUAAAUAAUGAAAAAUGUUGGGAACCAUUAGUAAAAUAUGUAAAAGAACAACAUUCACAAUAUUUAAGAAAAGAAUUAACUGCUCAAAGAGAUAAAUAUUUGUUAGAUACUAGAGUUCAUUGUAUUUUAUAUUUCAUUCCACCAAAUGGUCAAAAAUUAAAACAAUUAGAUGUACAAGCUUUAAAGAAAUUAAGUGAAAUAGCAAAUGUAGUUCCAAUUAUUGCAAAAUCAGAUUCAUUAACAUUAGAAGAAAGAGAUGAAUUUAAGAAAUUAUUACAACUGGAAUUUAUGAAAUAUAAUUUUAAUAUAUAUCCAUAUGAUUCAGAAGAUUUAUAUGAUGAAGAAAGACAAUUAAAUGAAGAUAUAAAAUCAUUAAUACCAUUUGCAGUAGUUGGAUCAGAAAAUGAAGCAGAAAUUAAUGGUAAAAAUGGUAAUGAAAUAAUAAGAUGUAGACAAACAAAAUGGGGAGUUAUUAAUAUUGAAGAUGUUAGUCAAUGUGAAUUUACAUUUUUAAGAGAUUUUUUAACAAGAACUCAUUUACAAGAUUUAAUUGAAACUACAAAUUUAACUCAUUAUGAAACUUUUAGAUCAAAACAAUUGAUUGCUUUAAAAGAAAAUGCUAGUAAUCCAAACAGGCAAUCACAAAUCAAUCAACAAGCUGUACAUUGA